AUGGAUAUUCAUCAUCACUUAGAAGUAAUAGAACAACCUGAAUAUUAUUACAUUCGGUUGCCUUGGGAGCUUGACAGUUCAUUAUACGCUAAACUAGUCAAACUUAACGAAGGAGUACAAUUCGGACCCUUUGAUCCUCUGGUUCAGAAGAUCAAAGUCCCCGUGGCAACACCAAUCGACAUCGCACCUCUCAUCCCCUUGUUCACUCUGAAUCCUCUUUCAGAAAUUGAAGAGCUCAACGACGACCUUACCAUCGAAACAGAAGGCAGAAGCAUACUCUGGCUCAAGGAAAUGGCUGGACGACCUAGCAAGCAGAAUUUUGAGUUUGCCAGGCAACUUGGCAACUGGAAUUUAACCGAGAACACGAAUGAGGAUGUCCUGGGACCUCCAGUUCAACAUAUCAUAGGCAACGUCUUUGAUAGUCAGAGCGCGUAUCGAUUUGUCGUCAAUGGUGUCACAAUGAAGAGACAACCAGAUGCAUCCUUCAUGACCAACGCCAGAUGGGCAAUAUUGCCAGAAGCAACCAAGAACACCCAAGCCAACACAUCAGUUCCAGACUUUCUUGUUGAGGUUCGCUCCUAUGGUCCCGGAGAGAACAACCGCCUGGACUACCAACACAGAAAGAUGUGUCGCUGGAUGUCUACUCUCAAUAUACAAUGCCAGUCUGGUGUCCUGUUUGAUAGACGAGGCAAUCACGUCUACCUUUAUUGCCGCAACGACCUUCCCAACCUCCAGGCUCAGGUGGAAGCUCAGCAAGAGCAUACAAACGAUCAACUCCAAGAGAUCCAAGGUUUCAUAAAAGAACGUCAACAACGAUUGGCCAAUCCGGUCGGCUUACAACAACGUGACAUUGCCGAUAUUCAGAGUGUGCUCCAAAUCAAGGAACAACAACUCCAACCUCUCCUAUUUCAACAAGUUUACUUCGAGAACCUCACACCUGUUGGUCAUAUCGUAUACAAGGGAGUUCAAGAGAACUACCCUAAUGUAUCCUACAUCGGGAUACCUCUCAAUCUGGUGAACGAUGCCGUACAUGGCUCAAACAUGAUCAUUCAUUGUGUUGGAGCAGUCAAUGGCUUGCGAUUUAAUCUCUCAACCAUCCCACUCAAU